AUGACCUACAACUCCAAAUACUUCCUCAGCUUCGCAGCUCUUGCGUUUGCUACUACCAAUGCCCUUAUUGUCACCCCGACCGACGACGCAACAGCACUAGCCAAUGCCGUCCUCGGCCCCGGUAUCACUCUCGUCUCAGCUACCUACAGCGGAGCCUCCGGUAGCUCCGGCACCUAUACCGAUGGGCCGCUGGGUAUCCGCGACUCCAUCGUUAUGACCUCAGGUAAUGCAAUCGACACCGUCCCUGGGCCCGGUACCAGCGAAGAACUAUCCAAAGACCGUAACACCGCCGGUAGUGCGCUCUGCCAGUCCCUCAACGGCGGCGUACAAACGUAUGAUGCUGCGGUGCUCAGCAUGGACGUCAUCCUCGAAACCGGCUAUGCAGGCUUCUUCUCAGAGUUCGUCUUUGCCAGCGAGGAGUACCCCGAGUGGGUGGGUAGCGACUUCAAUGAUGUGUUUGGCAUCUGGAUCGACGGUAAGCAGAUUGCGGUGGACUCGACUGGUGCCCCCGUCACGAUCAAUGGGGGCUUCUUCUCGAGUGCGGAUGUGGUGACGCCGCCGGCUUCGGGGUCGAGCUUUGAUGGAUCUACGCCGUUGCUGAGGGCGGGUGGGUCGGUGAUAGCUCCGGGCGCUCACACCAUUCAAGUGGCUAUCUGUGAUACGGCAGAUUCGCUCUUGGAUAGCUCUGUCUUUUUGGCCCUGGGGGCUUGCACGGAUGCGGAGAACUGCAAGACCGGGGCUGUUAAGGCCCCGCCGGUAACAUCGACCUCUACAACUUCAACUUCUACGACGUCGAUGAGUGUGAUAUCAAACACUACUAUCGUUGCCCCAGUCACGACAGUCCCUGCCAACACGAGCACUGUCGUUGUGCUUCCCACCACCAGCUCUAUUAUCCCGACAACCAACGUUACGCUCCCCGAGGUUACAAGCACCACUGUCACCGCUGUCCUGCCCAUCGGCACAAACCCCACCGCUCCAAUUGUCACGGGUCCCAUCAGCUCCGUGCACACAUCCAGCGUGACCGCCCCAUACGGUAACAGCACUGUCAUUGUUGCCCCAACCAACACUGGAAGCAGCGUCAUCACCGCCGCCCCAUUGCCCACCGACGAUGAGGAAGCCCCAUGCGUGACCUACACUUCCUACAUCACCAAGACCUUCACCAAGUGUGACCAGACCGCCUGCCACGCCACCACUACCGUCAAGCCCACGGUCGUCACCUCAACUCUGCACUUGACUGUCUACACACCUUGCUCGACUGUCACCGUCAGCAAGUGCGCGGGUGCGGAAUGUGUAACUUACACCAACACUGUCACGUACCCGGCGGUCACUGGAUACCCCCCAGUCCCGACCUUUGAGGCCCCUGCCGUCUCGACCGUGACUCCUGUCUCUGCUUGCACUCCGGGUGUGAACUGCCCCCACGUCCACCCCGCUUCCUCUUCCGGUGUUGCUGUUCCAUCCGCUCCAGUUGUCGGUGCACCAGGCGCUCCCGCUUCAUCUGCUGGCGUUGCUACCCCAUCUGCUCCCGUUGCCUGUGGUAUUAACUGCCCCCACGGCCACCCCACCUCUUCUGAAGGUGUUGCUGUCCCAUCUGCUCCUGCUACUGGCGCACCAGGCGCCCCGGCUACAUCUGCUGGCGUCGCUGUUCCAUCUGCUCCAGGUGCCCCGGCUUCAUCUGCUGGCGUUGCUGUUCCAUCCGCCCCAUCUGCCUGCACUCCUGGUGUUAACUGCCCUCACGGUCACCCCGCCUCUUCUGAGGGUGUUGCUGUCCCAUCUGCUCCUGCUACUGGCGCACCAGGUGCCCCGGCUACAUCUGCUGGUGUCGCUGUUCCGUCUGCUCCAGGUGCUCCGGUUUCCUCUGCUGGUGUUGCUGUUCCAUCCGCUCCAUCUGCAUGCACUCCCGGUGUCGACUGCGCUCACCCGGCUUCUGUCACCGGAGGCCCAGUAGUCUCCCCCGUGGCAGUUCCCGCCGUCCACAACACCACCGUCUCCGCUGUCAACAGCACUACCUCAACCAGCUCUUCUACCACCUCCCACAGCACCUCCCACAGCACCACCUCCACCAUCUCAACCAAGACUACAGCGCACCCAGUGAAGCCCACCGCGACACCUGCCGGAGCCCUCUUUGAGGGUGCCGCGAACAGGGUCCAUGGUGCCGCCGGUGUGAUGGUUGGAUUGAUGGUUGCCGGUUUCGUGGCUCUCUUGUAG